ACGCUCAGCCUCUAUGGAGAUGUCCCUCAACUUAUUGUAAUGACGUGCUAUAAGAAUAACUAAUAAUCACUUCGUAGAGAUCAGUGAUAACAACACCACUGCAGCUACAGGAGUGUAAUACUACAGUCACAGACAGAAGCCAUGGAAGUCGCUAAAGAUGUGGUCGCACACGGGAAGGUGGUCAUCGGGCAAUGUUUAGAUUGGUUUCACGCCGCUACUUUUCCCGUGCAAGUCGCUGUUGGCACCGCUGGCUUUUUAGCGGCGUCGUAUGGUUUAUACUGUGUAUGGUUCUAUGGAGGGACCCGCCGUGUGAAGAGUCGUGUUAGUCUCAAAGGAAAGACUGUAAUCAUAACAGGUGCCAAUGCUGGCAUUGGUCGAGAGACUGCUGUCGACCUGGCUAGCCGAGGAGCUCGGGUCAUCAUGGGAUGUCGGAACGCAAUCAAGGCUCAGGCAGCUCUAGCUGAGGUCCGCAAGAGAUCCAACAAUAAUGAUGUGAUCUUCAAGCAAGUUGAUGUAUCAGACUUGAAGUCAGUUAGGAACUUCGCAGAGGAAAUACUAAGAGAAGAAGAAAGACUAGACAUUCUCAUCAACAAUGCAGGUAUCGGAGGUACCAAAUACAGUAAGACACCGGAAGGGUUUGAUAUGGUUAUGGGAACUAAUCACGUAGGUCACUUCGUUCUGACUAUGACGUUGAUUGAUCUUAUUAAGAAGAGCGCCCCCAGCCGGAUCAUCAAUGUUUCAUCUCUUGCACACCGCUUUGCGGAAAAAGUCGAUUACGCCAAUAAAUCAGGAAAAGGAAUAAAAGGAUUUGAAUUCUACAGUCGGAGUAAACUCGCCAACGUUCAUUUUGCUAAAGAGUUAGCCUGCCGCCUAGAGGGGACGGGUGUGACAGCUUACUCCCUGCACCCUGGAUCUAUCUACUCGAGUAUCUGGGGGUCUAGCUUGGAAUCAAGUGGGAGGAAGUUCCUCUAUUAUCUCUUUUUACCUAUUUUCAUGUUCUUUUUCUUAGGUGAGAAGGACGGUGCUCAGACCACGAUCUACUGUGCUGUUGAUGAAUCCAUCACACAUCUCUCUGGGGGAUACUUCGCAAACUGUAGCCUGGCAAAGGAGUCUAAAUUAGCUAAGGAUGAACAAAUGGCUAAACAACUAUGGGAUGUGAGCUGCGAAGCGACUGGCAUCAACCCUAACGUUCUAACAGUCUAAUAUUAUCCUAAAAUCUAUGUACUAUUUAAUUGAUAGCAGAAUACGAUCAGGUGCGCAUGCACGAUUGUUAUAUCAAAUGAUGAUGCAAUGAUAUGUUUGCAGCUACACAUUUUAUGAAAUGGUAUACAUGAACUAUAUUUGGUUGAAGACUUAUUUUAUCACAAUGUGUUUUUAGGGCCUUUCUGAAGGUAAGAACUGAUGGAGACUGCCUGAUUCUAAGUGGUAAAUCAUUCCAACAUUUUGAAGCAGAUACAGUAAACGGUUCUAUCACCGGCUAAUGUGCGGGUAACUGAAUAUGUGAGACGGAGAGGAUCAGUGGCAGACCUCAAUGCCAUCACAUAUAAUUAUGUCCAAUCCUUUCCUGUUAAAGAAUUACAAUAGUUUUAGCUUUCAGGUUAACACUUCCAUAAUAUUACUUUGUGUGUACUAUUGGUUUCUUAUGUUUCAUGUGUUAGAAAUGUCUAGUUACUUUUGUCUUUUUUAACAAUUUAAUGAUACAUCACAUCAUCUGAUUACACAACUUUUACAGGGACUACAGGUAUGACUGGCUGUCAAAAAUAAUCUGUUGAUACCUGAACUGGCAAUUUUUUUGCAAUAAUUAUAUUAAAAAAAAGGAUCUAAAAUUCGUAACAGUAACACUGUGUGUUGUUGAUUUUCACGUACUACAAUCAUGACUUAGGAGUCCAGAAAUACAAACCAUUGUCUGUUUGUAUCACUAUGCAGAAACAUCCAUCAAAUUAUCCUCAUGUGUUAUAUUUUUUUGACUUUCCUGACGAAGCAUUCAGGAAAAGUUGUUCUCGGUAAUUUGUUUACAUGUUUCCAUUUCCUGUCAACUUGCUUGUAUAGUUGUUUGACUAUAUGCUAUUUUAGAAUAUAUGUGAUUUUUAAAUAUUUGUAUACAUAAUACAUGUAUAACUACAUUGUAUGUAAUAAAUUCCUAACGAUUAUUGUCUAUA